UGAGAAGAAACCGACAUGUAGUUUUUAGUUUAUACCCAUUCGCAUAAACCUCGCCGUCUAUCCGUUUGUUGAGAAACCUUCGUCGGGAUUUCGCCGGAGCCGUCACCUUCCGAUCCUGAAGAUGGUAAGCCAAAGGCAAAGACUUGCUCGGAAAAAGUACAGAGAAGAACACCCAGAACUGUUCCCGAAAGCAGAGCCAACGCCACCAAAAGACCCUGACAAGAAGAAGAAGAAGAGUAAAUUCAAGCGCAAAAAGGAAGAAUCGAUUUCAAACAGAGACGCAAAUAAACCCUACAAAAAGGGUUUUAAGAAACACCCUCUUAGAGUGCCUGGGAUGAAGCCUGGAGAAAGCUGCUUCAUCUGCAAAGCUAAAGACCACAUUGCUAAGCUUUGCCCUGAAAAGGCUCAAUGGGAGAAGAACAAGAUAUGCUUGCUUUGCCGAAGACGAGGGCACAGCCUAAAAAAUUGCCCGGACAAAAAUGAAGGGACUCUGGAUAAGAAGUUAUGCUAUAAUUGUGGUGAAACAGGACAUUCAUUGGCUAAUUGUCCACAACCCAUUCAAGAUGGGGGAACUAAAUUCGCCAGUUGUUUUAUUUGUAAUGAAAGUGGACACUUGAGCAAGAACUGUCCAAAGAAUACUCAUGGUAUCUACCCUAAGGGUGGUGGUUGUAAAACUUGUGGGGAAGUCACACAUUUAGCUAAGGAUUGUCCAAACAAAGGCACCCAAGUGAUUGAUAGGGUUGGUGAAUCUGGUUACAGAUCAUCUGGAUAUGUGGAAAUGCCGAGACGACCAGAGACGAAGCGCAUCAGUGGUGAUGAUCUCGAGGAUGACUUCAUGAGUGAUGAAGAUCGUUUGCAGAUCAAAGAUGCAAAAAUGGGAAAGAAAAAGGGUCCUAAAGUUGUGAGGUUCGAAGGAAUGAAAAAUACAAAUGGAUCUCUUCAUCUCUCACAUUUCUCCUCUUCUCUUUUCUUCCAUUAUUCUUCCCCUCCAUUUUUCCCUACACCCAUCUCUCUCCCCUUUCUUUCACAUUCUUCAUACACAAAAAUGGCGAACUCUGCAUCUGGAAUGGCUGUGAGGGAUGAAUGCAAGCUGAAAUUUUUGGAGUUAAAAACGAAGAGGAACUAUCGAUUCAUUAUAUUCAAGAUUGAGAAUCAAGAAGUUGUUGUGGAGAAACUUGGAAGCCCUGAAGAGACUUAUGAGGAUUUCACUGCUGCUAUUCCUGCUAAUGAGUGUCGCUAUGCUGUCUUUGAUUUUGAUUUCACUACUGAUGAGAACUGCCAGAAAAGCAAGAUUUUCUUCAUUGCAUGGUCACCUGACACAUCCAAAGUGAGAAAUAAAAUGGUUUAUGCAAGCUCCAAGGACAGAUUCAAGAGGGAAUUGGAUGGAAUUCAGGUGGAAUUACAAGCCACGGAUCCUAGCGAAAUGAGCUUCGACAUAAUCAAAGCUCGAGCUUUUUAAGCUCGAUUUUCCUCCCUCUCUCUCUUUUUCUCCAUCUUCAUUUUUGAGACUAAGCAUAACUAAUGUUGUGACAUUACUCUUUCACUUUCUUUGCCCCCUUUUUUCUUCUUUUUUUACUUUUUCAUCUUUUUCACAGCUUUGUUUAUUUUUGCU